GGAACCCCGUCCUUGUAACAUCCUUCGAAAAGGAACAAAACUGACACUUGGGACAAGUUUUAAAUGCGGACAUAUUAAUUAACAGCUAUGGCCCACGAUGAUUUACGCGUGGAAUGGAUACGGCAGCAAGUGCGUGUGUGUUUGAAUUUAGAAGACGACAAAUAUUUCGACGAGCUUCUACGUCAGAAAGAUGGAGAAGAGGAGGAAAAACUUAUGCACUAUUUGGAUGAUGUCUCUGAAGAAAACGCCACUUCUUGUCUUAUGUUUAUGAAAAGUGUCCGAGAGGAGGAGACUGAUAUUCCACUUGAAAUGAGCAGCUCCAGUGACUCCUUGGAUCAUGAAGAGUUUUCGGAGACCCAAACAGGAAGAAACAUACGUCCCAAAGCAGAACAAACGUUUAGUCAGAGCGUUCAACUAGUCUAUCGGACUGAGCUUCAAAUGGCAAUAAACAGAGUCCCAAAAGGAUUUGUCAAAUCUCGAGUCUUAUAUUUCCUUAGGAACACAAAGAAGACUGUUGCAGAACCACUGGACAUGGCUGAGGCCAAUAGAUUGAUGCCCAGGUUAUUGGAAACUGGUCUGCAUAAUGGACAUAAUCUGCAAACCCUGCAGAAAAAACUGGUGCAUAUCUAUAUCCCAUUAAUUACUGCUCAUCAGAUGAAGAAAACAAAUGCACACAAUCAGGCUGAAGCAGCUUCUCCUUGUGACAAGUCGAGUGGUCGUAUCGAAACUCCAACCAAGCCAAGUGACCAAGCACCCAUUCGGAAUGAGUUACUCAACAGCACACACAAGUUUUUGGGAGUGGUCAACUCUACUAUUCAACAGCUUAAAGCUCAAGAUGACAUUGCACUGCACAUCCCUGAACUAGACCUGGAGCCAGAGGUCAGUGACCUGCUAAACGAUACGGAGUUGGUAGAGAAACUGGAGCAGUGUGUGAUGAACUGGCAAACUCAAAUUACUGUUAUUAUGGAGGAGCAGGAUAGCAAAAAGCCACAGACACCCAGUCCAAUGGCGGAGAUUGUUUUUUGGCAGGAGCGUGCUUCCAUCCUGAGUGCUUUGAGAACGAAGCUUAAUCAGCCAGUGGCAAAGAAGAUUUUGCUGGUACUGACCAAAGCUCAUGCAGUUGUGAUUCCCUUAAUGGAAGCUACAGUUGCUAAACUUGUUAAAUACUGUUUGGAAGCAGAUGAAAAUGUACGCUUCCUGAAAACACUGGAAAGACAUUUCAAGAAUUUGGCUACAGGAGCCAACUUUAGUGUGAUUCUGGAGACCAUCCCACCUCUGAUGAACAGCCUACAAGUUGUGUGGUUAAUCUCCUGCCACUAUAACAGGAAUGAACGCAUGGUUCCUCUAAUGGAGCGCAUUGUUUGGCAACUGACUGAGCGCGUGGCUCAAGUCAUUGAUCUCCAAGUGCUCUUCAAGGACCAGAGAGAUGUUGCCAAAACCAAGGUGAAUGAGGCCAAGCAAGUUCUGGAAUUAUGGAAGUCCACCUACUUUGAAGUGCGUGCUGAAAUUGAAGAAGGAGACACUCGAAAAUGCUGGGAGUUUGAUCGUAAAAAAUUAUUUGAGAAAACAGAUUACAUGGCCUCCAUAUGCCAGGACUUGCACAAUGUUUUGCAGAAUUUGGAAGAGUUUUACAACAUCUUCAGCCCAGAGUUAAAAAGUGUGACCUUGGACCCCAAACGUUUUGAUGAAAUGCUGACCAACGUGGACAAACUGAUCUUACCUUUUGAGGCAGACAACUUUGAUCCUUUUGAUAGCUGCAAGAUGAGCAGCUGGAAAAUCGUCAUGCAAAACUUCAAUAGUAGUGUUUAUGCUAUUGAGCGAGGGGUCAUCACCUUCAUUGAUCAGUCCUUCAAGACACUGCGCUCUUCUACUGCUGCCUUUGAAAUGCUGCUGAAAUACAAAGACAUCCGUUCCAGACCAGCCAUCAAUAAUCACUUGAUGAAAAAGACUAAUGAUGUUCUGGCUCAGUAUUGCAAAGAGGUCGAUAGUCUAAAUGAAAUAUUCGAGCAAAAGAAAGACAAGCCACAAAUAAAUAAGAAUGAGCCUCCUGUGGCAGGAACCAUCAGGUGGACACAUUUCCUUUUUCAACGCCUAAAGGUUGGCAUGCUUCCUCUCCUCACAAUGCCUGAUUUACUGCAGAGUGAAAUGGGCAGAGUGGCAAAAAACAAGUACUUGGAAAUGGCAAAAGAGAUGAGCAACUAUGGCGUUAGGAAGUAUAAGUCAUGGAUAUCUGAUACAGAACGCAACUUGCCAUUGUUACUGAGGAAACCCAUCUUGGUCAUUAUUUCAAAGGAAAACCAAACGCAGCUGGUUGCCCCAGCCAGGCCAGAAGUAGACUCCCAAAGGGAUCGACGAUACAGUGUCAACUUUCCACCAGAGAUCAUGACAAUAAUUUGUGAGACAAAACAAUUGAUAUCAAUGUCCUUUUCCGUGCCUGAGGUUGCUCGAAAUGUAACUCUACAAGAGCCUAACUUUAUAAGGUACACCGAUGAUCUCCACAAGCUUGUCAACCGCUACAACUCUGCAGUCAGUACUCUUAAUGAUGCAAAGAUCACCAUGCUGUCACAAAACAUCCAAAAAGUUGAAACUGUCUUAUUUCUUGGAUGUAAAAGACUUAGCUGGAACUCCUUAGCCAUUGGAGAGUUCAUCAAUGAUGGCAAUCAAGAGCUCUCAAAAUUUGAAUCAACUGUCAAUCAAAUACAGAACAAAGAAACCGAUAUUGAAACCAAGUUGAAAUCAAUACUGACGGCAGAUCUCCUGAGAUGCCCAGCUCCAGAUAAGAAAGACUUUUUACCAAGUAUCAGGGAGUUUUAUGAAUGCAUUGACCAAGAGCGGGUCAAGACAGUACAUUUGUUGAGAUGCAAGUAUGCUGACAUUGGACCAGUCAUUACUAAGGUGGAGCAUUUGAUCAUGGAAACAAACACUGGCAAAUCCCACAUUAUGUCAUCUUAUUACACAUACUGGGAACACAGGGUGCAUGAUGCCCUUGUAAACAUGGUGUUGAGGAACAUCAAGGCCUUCAAUGCUGUCCUGAUGGGGAGUGCCCCUCUCUUCCGUAUUGAUGCUAUCCUUUCUGCACCUAAGAUUUUGCUGCAGCCCAAAACAAACGAGAUAUAUCAGCUGCUCCUGCAAUGUAUCAAAGAUUGUGUCGACAGCACCAAAGAAUUUCUACGUUGGAUGAACGGGACCUGCAUUGAGUGCCCUCCACAACAUGUGGAUGGUGAUGUUUUGAUGACAUUUAGCUUCUAUGAUGAAGUUUGUCAAAAUCCCCAGGUUAACGACAGUGCUCUUGCUGUGUCCCAGAACAUCCAGCAGUUGCUGGUUUUUGUAGACCAGUAUGUUAACCACUGGCAACAGUAUCAGUCUCUUUGGGAAAGGGAUUGUGCCACAGUCUGUGAAAAGUUUGCGGCUAAAAACCCAUCAUGCACCAUGUAUGAUAAAAAGCUACAAUUCUAUUCUCAUAUAAGUCAAAAAGUGGUAAUGGAGCCUCCAUUUAAGAAUGUACACAUCAUCCAACUAAACCUGGAGCCACUGAGCCGCACUGUGCACGAGAUGGCAGAGUCUUGGAUUCAUUCGCUGGGUAGUUUGCUCCACAUAUCAGCAAAAAAGGAGCUCUUAAACUUGAAAGAUGAACUUAUGCUCCUCUUCGAGAAGCUUCAACAGAAUCCUGACACGUUUGACAACUUGAAGAAUGUCCUUGGCACCAUCUCACAUAUUAGAGACAUGUCACUAAAUGUGCAGUUGAGCAUCGCAGAUAUCGAGGAAAGAUACAGAACUUUGGAGAUGUACAAAGUGGAGGUUGACAAAGAUGAACUUGGGCUAAAGGAAAAUAUCGGGCAGAUCUGGAGUGACCUGUUUGCCAAAUCCAGACAAGUGCAUCAGCGUUUGACAGAUGUCAAGAUAUCAUUUAAAGAGACUACCAAAAGGUUGACUGAAGACUUUCAGGAGGAAUUGUCCAUCUUUGUCGAAAGCUUUAACAUGCAUGGUCCUGGAGCAGUGGGAGAUGAUUUAGAUCAAGGACUAUCAAUAAUGGAAUCAUAUGAAGCAGAGCUUGCCAAGAUGGUGGCGGGACGGCAGGAGUUAGUUAAUGCAGAGAAGCUGUUGGAUCUACCUGUCACCGUGUACCCUGAAAUUGUCAGCAUUCAAAAGGACAUGAAUGGCUUCCAGAAGAUUUAUGAUAUAUAUCGAAAUCAAAAGGCUGCAAAGAAUGUGUGGUCUCAGACCCUGUGGGUGGACUUAGAUAUAAACAUGCUUCAGGAAGGUGUUGAAGAUUUUGUCAAAGAUUUGAGGAAGCUCCCCAAAGACGUGCGCGCUCUGCCUGUGGCCUGUUUUGUGGAAGGCAGAAUGAAGGAAUUCAGAGAUUCUCUUCCUCUUCUGCUGGACCUAAAGAAUGAAGCCCUCAGAGAAAGACACUGGAAGGAAUUAAUGAAAAGGACUGGCACUGCCUUUGAUAUGAACCCAAGCAGCUUCACCCUGGAGAACAUGUUUGCAAUGGAGCUUCAUAAGUAUGCUGAUGUCAUUGGUGAUAUUGUUACUUCAGCUGUAAAAGAGCUUGGUAUUGAAAAAAGUGUGAAGGAGGUGGUGGAGACAUGGGAAAACAUGAAAUUCAUUGUACAGCCCUACAGUAAAGUCUCCCAGCAAGACUGUUAUGUUUUGGGUGUAGUGGAUGAGAUCCUGGUGUGUGUGGACAAUGAUGCCAUGAAUUUGCAGAGUAUGGCGGGAAGUCGUUUUGUUGGACCUUUCUUAAACACCGUUCAACAAUGGGAGAAAGACCUGUCCCUUAUCAGUGAGACCAUAGAGGUUUGGUUGCUGGUACAACGGAAAUGGAUGUACCUGGAGAGCAUCUUCAUUGGUGGAGAUAUUUCCUCUCAGCUGCCAGAGGAAGCGAAGAAAUUUGACAACAUUGACAAAAGGUUUAAAGAUAUAAUGAAUGAUGCACAGACCAACCCAAACAUUAAGCGCUGUUGCCUGGUUCCCAACCGGCUGAUAGACCUGCAGACCUUGAGCGAGAACCUAGAAAAGUGCCAGAAGAGUCUCAAUGACUACCUAGAUUCUAAGCGGCAUGCUUUCCCCCGCUUCUUCUUCAUCUCUGAUGAUGAACUACUCAGCAUUUUGGGGAGUAGUCACCACGAUUGUGUGCAGGAGCAUAUGAUAAAGAUGUAUGACAACAUUGCAUCUCUGCGGUUUGAUGCGGAAAGCAGUGGGGAGACAUCAGCUGGAGCCAUGGUGUCAGCUGAGGGUGAGGUGAUGGAGUUUAAAAAACCUGUCCCAAUCAAAGGAAGGGUAGAGGAAUGGAUGACAGUGGUCUUACAAGAGAUGAGGAGAACUAAUCGACUCAUCACUAAGGAAGCCAUCUUUCGCUACUGUGAGGACAGAGGCAGGGUGGAUUGGAUGUUGCUAUUCCAAGGUAUGGUUGUACUGGCAACAAAUCAAGUGUGGUGGACAUGGGAAGUAGAGGAUGUCUUUAGCAACUUGAAGAAAGGAGCUAAGCAUGCUCUGAAGAACUAUGCCACGAAAAUGCACCAGCAGAUUGAUGAGUUGGUCACACGUAUAAUGCAACCCAUGAAAAAAAAUGACAGACGAAAGAUUAACACCGUCCUUAUCAUUGAUGUUCAUGCAAGAGACAUUGUAGACAGCUUUGUGUUGAACAGUAUAACAGAUGCAAAAGAAUUUGAGUGGGAAAGCCAACUGAGAUUCUACUGGGUGCAGGAAGAAGACAAUCUAGCUGUGCGUCAGUGCAGUGCAGUUUUUUCUUAUGGCUAUGAAUACAUGGGCUUGAACGGUCGAUUGGUUAUAACCCCUCUCACAGACCGUAUCUACCUCACAAUCACACAGGCCCUCUCCAUGUUCCUGGGUGGAGCACCUGCUGGACCUGCUGGUACUGGAAAGACAGAGUCCACCAAAGAUCUGGCCAAGGCUUUGGGUCUGCUCUGUGUGGUUACUAACUGUGGUGAAGGCAUGGACUACAUGGCUGUGGGGAAGAUCCUCUCUGGCUUGGCCCAGUGUGGAGCCUGGGGCUGCUUUGAUGAAUUCAACCGCAUUGAUGCCUCAGUCCUUUCAGUUAUCUCCUCUCAAAUCCAAACUAUCCGCAAUGCACUCAUUUUGCAUCUUAAAAUAUUUAAUUUUGAAGGUCAUGAGAUUACCCUGGACAGCCGAACUGGCGUCUUCAUCACCAUGAACCCAGGCUAUGCGGGGCGUACAGAGCUGCCUGAAUCAGUCAAAGCUCUGUUCAGGCCUGUCGUGGUGAUUGUGCCUGACUUGCAGCAGAUUUGUGAGAUCAUGCUCUUCUCAGAGGGCUUCCUACUGGCCAAGGCCCUUGCAAAGAAGAUGACAGUCCUUUAUAAAUUGGCAAGAGAGCAGUUGUCCAAGCAGUCUCAUUAUGACUUUGGCCUCCGAGCUCUGAAGUCUGUCUUAGUGAUGGCAGGAGAACUCAAAAGGGGCUCACCACACCUCCGUGAGGAUGUGGUGUUGAUGCGAGCCCUGAGGGACAUGAAUCUUCCAAAGUUUGUGUUUGAGGAUGUGCCUCUGUUCCUCGGGCUGAUCUCAGACCUGUUUCCUGGGCUGGAAUGCCAUCGUAUCCGCCAUGCUGACUUCAACGAUGCCGUCGAAGAGACCUUGGAAGAUAACAACUAUGUUUUGCUGCCCAUCCAGGUGGAUAAAGUGGUGCAAAUGUAUGAAACAAUGAUGACCCGGCACACAACUAUGAUAGUCGGCCCAACAGGUGGAGGGAAAUCUGUAGUAAUCAGCACAUUAUGUCAAGCUCAAACCAAAUUGGGAUUGCAAACCAAAUUAUAUCCCCUCAACCCCAAAGCUGUGAGUGUCAUAGAACUGUAUGGUAUUCUGGAUCCUGACACUCGAGACUGGACUGAUGGGGUCUUAUCCAACAUCUUCCGUGACAUAAACAAGCCUACUGAAAAAAAAGAAAGGAGGUAUAUCCUGUUCGAUGGUGACGUGGACGCCUUGUGGGUUGAAAACAUGAACUCCGUAAUGGAUGACAACAAGCUCCUUACCCUAGCUAAUGGAGAACGAAUCCGCUUACAGAAUCACUGUGCCCUGCUGUUUGAGGUUGGAGAUCUGCAGUAUGCUUCGCCUGCUACUGUCUCUCGCUGUGGAAUGGUUUAUGUGGAUCCCAAAAACCUGCGAUACACCCCAUAUUGGCAGAAAUGGUUGAAAAACAGAUCUGCCAAGGAACAAAAAGAACUGGACAGACUCUUUGAAAAAUAUGUGCACAGCUCAGUAGACAUGAUUGUGGAAGGUAUUGUAGAUGGGAAACAGGGCCAGAAACUGAAGACUGUUGUCCCUCAGACAGAUUUAAAUAUGGUGUCUCAGCUGUGCAUGACCCUUGAUGCCCUCCUUGAUACUGAAACUGAGAACUACAAUGCUGCAGUCUUGGAGUGUUACUUCCUGGAAGCUCUGUACCUCUCUCUAGGGGCCACGUUGCUGGAUGAUGGCAAGGACAAAUUUGAUGAGUUCAUCAAAAAACUUUCUGGCUUAUUCACUUUGAGUGAUGACAAGACACUAGCUGGCCCCGGUGAGAUCCCAGGAUACCUGCCCACACUCUUUGAUUUCCAUUUUGAUGGAACACAGCAGAAAUGGCUUCCUUGGAGUCAUCUAGUCACUACAUACACCCACAACACAGAAGUGAAGUUCACCGAUAUUCUUGUCCCAACUGUGGACACUACAAGAACCAAUUGGAUCCUGGAAAAGAUGGUGAAAACAAAGAGGUCUGUGCUAUUAGUUGGAGACCCAGGAACCUCCAAAACAGCUACCAUUCAUAACUUUCUAAAGCAUCAAAGUGCAGAUACAAGUAUUACUUUGACCAUCAACCUUUCAUCCAGAACAACAUCAAUGGACCUCCAGAGAAACCUGGAGGCCAAUGUCGAGAAAAGGACGAAAGAGAUCUAUGGUCCUCCAAUGGGCAAGAGACUGCUGGUCUUUAUAGAUGACAUGAAUAUGCCGAAGGUGGAUAGCUAUGGCACACAGCAGCCUAUUGCACUGCUGAAGCUCUUACUGGACAGAGGAGGUAUUUAUGACCGUGGGAAGGAGCUCACCUACAAAACCCUCAAGGACCUUGGCUUCAUUGCUGCCAUGGGGAAGGCAGGCGGUGGAAGGAACGAGGUGGACACCCGCUUUGUUUCGCUCUUCAAUGUCUUCAGCAUCCCUUUCCCUGCUGUUGAGUCUCUCCAACUAAUCUAUAGCUCCAUUAUCAAAGGUCACACCAAACACUUUGAGGAUGUGGUGCAGAAGGUUUGUGAUAAAGUCACUCUCUGCACACUGGAACUAUACAACAGCCUUGUCAAAGAUCUCCCACCUACUCCAGCCAAGUUCCACUAUAUCUUCAACCUGCGAGACCUAUCAAGGGUCUACAAUGGACUGACCCUUACUGAGCCUGAGAGGUUUUCAACAGUUUCUACAUUUGUGCGCGUUUGGAGAAAUGAAUGUCUGAGGAUAUUCCACGAUCGACUCAUUGAUGAGAAAGACAAGAACUUGGUUCAGGGCCUUAUAAAGAACUUAGUUGAAGAGCAUUUCAAGGCAAACAUGGAGGAUGCUAUGAGAGAUCCGAUUCUUUUUGGAGACUACAGGACAGCCCUAAGUGAAACUCAACCAAGGGUCUAUGAGGACCUGCAGGACUAUGAAGCUUCUAAAGCCCUGUUUCAGGAGAUUUUAGAAGAAUACAAUGACAGGAAGUCAAGGAUGAAUCUUGUCCUGUUCGAUGAUGCAUUGGAACAUCUGACCCGUGUGCAUCGUAUCAUCCGCAUCGAUCGCGGUCAUGCUCUGCUUGUGGGAGUCGGAGGCUCAGGCAAGCAGUCCAUCACCAAGCUGGCUGCCUUCACUGCUGACUGUGAGGUGUUUGAGAUAACAUUGAGCAGAGGAUAUUGCGAGUCAAGCUUUCGCGAAGACUUGAAAACGUUAUAUUUGAAGCUCGGCAUUGAAAACAAGAAGACAGUGUUUCUCUUCACUGAUGCUCAUGUUGCUGAAGAAGGUUUUUUGGAACUCAUCAAUAACAUGCUUACGUCAGGCAUUGUUCCUGCCUUGUUUCCUGACGAUGAAAAAGAGUCUGUCCUCAAUCAGCUUCGUGAUGAGGCCCUCAAAAACGGAGCAGGUCCUUCGAAAGACAGUGUGUGGCAAUAUUUUGUCAGUAAAAGUGCUAGCAACUUGCACAUUGUAUUGGGCAUGUCUCCUGUGGGAGACACCCUGAGGACACGCUGCAGAAACUUUCCAGGACUGAUGAACAACACUGUCAUAGACUGGUUCUUGCCGUGGCCUCCACAGGCGCUACUUGCUGUAGCUGAGUCUUUCCUUGGUGAAAGUGAAAUGAUCCCUAAAGAACACGCUCAUGCUGUUAUAGAGCAUGUCUGCAUGGUCCAUAAGUCUGUUGGAGAGUACAGUAUCCUGUUCCUGCAAAAACUUCGACGUUCAAACUAUGUCACCCCAAAGAACUACUUGGAUUUCAUCAGCACGUACUCUAGCCUCCUGCAGGAGAAGGACCAGUAUAUUCUGGCACAGUGCAAGCGCCUCGAGGGGGGGUUGGAUAAACUGAAGGAAGCCAGUGUGCAGCUGGAUGAGCUGAACAUCAAACUGGCAGAGCAGAAGGUGGUCCUUGCUGAAAAGUCCUCAGCCUGUGAGACCAUGCUGGUGGAGAUUGCCUCCAACACCACUGUCGCUGAGGAGAAAAAGACUUUGGCAGAAGACAAAGCCAAAGAGAUUGAGGAGCAAAACAAAGUCAUCGCUGUUGAGAAGGUAGAAGCAGAAUCUUCCCUGGCUGAAGCUCUGCCAGCAUUAGAAGCAGCUCGUAUUGCCUUGCAAGACCUUGAUAAAUCUGACGUUACUGAGAUCCGAUCUUUUGCAAAGCCACCCAAGCAAGUGCAAGUGGUGUGUGAGUGUAUCCUCGUGCUGUGUAAAAAAAAGGAAAUCAACUGGCAAGCCGCGAAAGGGAUGAUGUCAGAUCCUGGCUUCUUGCGUUCGCUCAUGGAAAUGGACUGUGAUGCUAUAGGUUCCCAACAGGUCAAGACUGUCAAAGGCUUCCUGAAGAACCUUUCGACCACCCUUGAGGAGAUGCAGUCCAUCAGCAAGGCGGGCUCAGGAAUGUUCAAAUUUGUGGAGGCUGUUGUAGGUUACUGUGAGGUUGCCAAGGAGAUAAACCCCAAAAGAGAAAAAGUGGCGCGUCUUGAAAGGAACUUCUUUCAGAGUAAGAGGGAGCUGGAGCUCAUUCAAACUGAGCUUAAUGACAUUCAGAGAGAGCUGAAGGCUCUUGGAGACAAAUAUCAAACUGCUAUUGCGGAGAAACAGAAACUUCAAGAGGAGGCUGAACUCAUGGAGAGGAGGCUGAUAGCUGCUGGCAAACUUAUUUCUGGUCUGAGCUCUGAGAAUGUGAGGUGGACAGAAGACUUAGAAGAGUUGAAGCAGCGCCGUGUGUGUCUACUGGGUGACUGUCUGAUCUCUUCAGCCUUCCUGAGCUACGAGGGAGCCUUCAGCUGGGAUUUCAGGAAUGAGAUGGUGUACAAAACAUGGGUGGCUGAUGUGCAGGAAAGAGGCAUUCCCUUGAGUGAGCCUUUUAAAGUGGACAACCUGUUAACCGAUGAAGUGGAAAUUAUCAGGUGGGGGUCAGAGGGCUUGCCACCAGAUGAGCUGUCAGUACAGAAUGGAAUCCUCACUACCAGAGGCAGUCGUUUCCCCAUGUGUAUUGAUCCUCAACAACAAGCCCUCAACUGGGUUAAGAAAAAGGAGGCACGCAAUAACCUGAAGAUCUCAUCCUUCAAUGAUCCAGACUUCUUGAAACAACUGGAGAUGGCCAUUAAAUAUGGCUUCCCCUUCCUUUUCCAAGAUGUAGAUGAGUACAUUGAUCCUGUCAUUGACAGCGUCCUGGAGAAAAAUUUGAAAGGAGCUGAAGGCAGGCAGGUCAUAAUGUUGGGUGACAAAGAGGUGGACUAUGAUCCUAACUUUAGGCUUUACCUCAACACAAAACUGGGAAACCCCAAAUUUUCUCCAUCUGUGUUUGGAAAAUCCAUGGUUAUUAAUUAUACUGUGACCCUAAAGGGUCUGGAGGACCAGUUGCUCAGUGUUAUAAUGGGCUUUGAGAAGAAGGAACUAGAGGAGCAGCGUGAGUUUUUGAUCCAAGAGACAAGUGAUAAUAAAAAGCUGCUGAAGAACCUUGGUGACACACUGCUCAGAGAGCUGGCCACAUCCACAGGCAACAUGUUGGAUAACACUGAGCUGGUCUCCACGUUGGAGGAAACAAAGUCCAAAUCUAGUGAGGUGUUUGAGAAACUUAAGUUGGCUGUAACUACGUCAGUGGAUAUCGACGUGCUGAGGAACGGGUACCGGCCAGUGGCCAAGCGUGGGGCUAUUUUGUUCUUUGCACUGACAGAAAUGGCUCUGGUUAACAGCAUGUACCAGUAUUCUCUCGCCUCAUAUCUGGAGGUGUUUGACUUUUCCCUACGCAAGUCUGAGCCUGAUUCUUUCCUGCCAAAAAGACUGAGUAACAUCGUGAACAGCCUGACAUACAACGUUUACAAUUACGGAUGUACAGGUCUGUUUGAAAAACACAAACUUCUCUUCUCCUUCAACAUGACUAUCAAGAUUGAGCAGGCAGAAGAUUGUGUUCCUCAGGAGGAGUUUGAGUUUUUCAUCAAAGGUAAUCUGUCACUGGAAAAGACCUCACGCCAAAAGACUUGUAAUUGGCUUCCUGAUGCUGCCUGGGAAGAUGUAAUAAAACUGUCAGAGCUUUUUCCUGAGCAGUUUGGCUCGUUACCUGAUGAUGUUUGCCGAAACUCCCCAGAGUGGCAGUCAUGGUAUGACCUGGAUGCACCAGAACAGUCUGCACUGCCAAUGAAAUAUGACGAGAAGCUGACCGCCUUUCAGAAGCUGCUCCUGCUGCGCUGUUUCCGUGUUGAUAGAGUCUACAGAGCUAUCACUGACUAUGUCACUAUCACCUUGGGCGAGAGAUUUGUUCAACCCCCUGUGAUCAGUUUUAAUGCAAUUUAUGAGCAGAGUACCCAGUUCUCCCCUAUUGUCUUCAUCCUGAGCCCUGGCUCUGACCCCGGCAGUGACCUCAUGAAACUGGCAGAAAGGACUGGCUUUGGGGGCAAGUUCAAGUUCCUUGCAAUGGGCCAAGGUCAGGAAAAGGUUGCGCUACACUUGCUGGAGGUGGCAGCAGCCCGUGGUCAGUGGUUGAUGCUACAGAACUGCCACCUGCUGGUAAAGUGGCUGAAAGAUUUGGAGAAAUGCUUGGAGAUGAUCACCAAACCCCACCCUCACUUUCGCCUGUGGAUCACAACCAACCCUAUCGAUGACUUUCCAAUAGGCAUCCUUCAAAAGUCUCUCAAGGUUGUCACUGAGCCUCCAAAUGGUCUGAAGCUCAACAUGCGAGCGACCUACUCUAAAAUAUCCAGUGACACCAUGACCGGAUGCCCGCACUCAGCCUUCCGCAGCCUGGUGUAUGUGCUGGCUUUCUUCCAUGCCGUGGUGCAAGAGCGCCGCAAGUAUGGCAAAAUUGGCUGGAAUGUCCCAUACGACUUCAGUGAAUCGGACUUCUUGGUAUGUUUGGAGAUUUUGAACACCUACCUGACCAAAGCUCACACACAACGAGAGAGCAACAUCCCCUGGGGGAGUAUUAAAUACCUUAUAGGCGAGGUGAUGUAUGGAGGACGAGUCAUAGAUAGCUUUGACCGCAGGAUCCUGACCGUCUACAUGGACGAGUAUUUUGGAGACUUCCUUUUUUACGACUUUUGCCGCUUUCACUUCUUCAAAAACAACCACGUAGACUACAAGGUUCCUCCAAAUGGAACCAGGACAGUAUAUAUUGAUGAGAUUGAGUCCCUGCCAUUAGCAAACACACCUGAAGUGAUGGGCCUUCAUUCCAAUGCAGAGAUAGGAUAUUACACGCAGGCAGCUAAAGACAUGUGGUUGCAUCUAAUUGACCUGCAGCCUCAGACUGGUGAGUCUGGUGGAAGCAUCAGCAGGGAUGAUUACAUCACUCAGGUGGCCCAGGACAUUGAGAACAAGCUGCCUGCAUUAUUUGACUUGGACGUUAUCCGCAAGCAGUUUGGCAAUGAAGUCUCCCCUACGUCAGUGGUGCUGCUUCAAGAACUGGAGCGCUUCAACAAGCUGGUGGUCCGCAUGAAGCGAUCUCUGGCCGAGCUACAGAGGGCUUUGGCUGGUGAGGUGGGCAUGAGCAGUGAGCUGGAUGAAGUUGCUCGAGCCCUUUUCAAUGGUCAGAUUCCUGCUAUUUGGAAGAAGUUGGCACCUGACACGCUGAAGUCCCUGGGUAACUGGAUGAUUCAUUUCAAGAGGCGAUUUGAGCAGUAUAGGUUCUGGGUGAAUGAUGCAGAGCCAAAGGUCAUGUGGCUAUCGGGACUCCACAUACCAGAAUCCUACUUGACAGCUCUGGUCCAAGCUGCAUGCAGACAAAAUGGCUGGCCUCUAGAUCUUUCCACACUUUACACUGAGGUGACUCGGUAUCGUGACGACGGUGAAGUCAAUGAUAGACCUUCACAGGGCUGUUUUGUGUCUGGUUUGUACCUGGAGGGAGCUGAUUGGGACAUGGAGAUGGGCUGUCUGGUGAAGAGUAAACCUAAAGUUCUGGAGGUUCAGCUGCCCAUUCUCAGAGUCAUCCCCAUCGAGACCUGCCGGCUUAGGUUGCAGAAAACACUGCGGACCCCAGUCUACACCACAUUUUUACGGAGGAAUGCCAUGGGUGUGGGCUUGGUUUUUGAGGCUGACCUGUUUACUUCUGAGCACCUCUCCCACUGGGUGCUUCAGGGCGUCUGUUUAUCCCUGAAUAGUGGCUAAAGACAUUAUCACUGAGCAAUAUUUAUUUAGUUCUCCUUUACAUUACUCCUUGUGGUGGAACUGGAACUGGACUGUCCCUGACAACUUCCAGGAGUUAAAGGAACAUGAUGAUUUCCAAUUUCUGAGAGAAAGCUUUACACCUAUGCAACAUACUUUACACCUGCACAGUAUAAUGACAUCAAAUGCAAAAAAAAAAAAAACUAGUGCUGAUUAAACUAGUACGAUUAAAACAUCUAUUCAAGUUAAUCACAUGUCUACUUUGUGAUUGGUCAUGAUUAAUCACCUCUGGCUUAAUUAAGUAGACUCCUGGCUGCUGCUGUCAUAUUUCAAUAACUAUCAGUCCCUAUUUCUAUCCCCUAUUUCUUAGUAACAUCAAGAAAUUGACGAGCACACGCUUCGGUGAAAUGAAAAACUGCACUUUACCAUAUUUUUAGUAAUGACACAAUUGAACACGUCAUGAAAGGUGGUUUAAAUUGAUUGUUUUCUUAGAAGCCUUCAAAAUCAA